AUGGCGGCGGCCUGCCCAGUGAUGGAGUUCGCAUGUGUCGACCGCGGGGAUGACGCCGCUGCCCACGCAGCGGCGUGGCACCUCCUCGGCAAGAAGCAGGCUAUGCGCAUCGCAGGGGGCGAGGGCGAGAUCUGGAUCACCCUGGGGGCUCGGUUCUACAAGAAGUUCUGGCGUUUCAACGCCGUUCCGCCGCCCGCCCCAGGGGUUGCGACGUGGCUGCCAGUGGACUGCCGCAUGCCGCGCGUGCUCGCGCGGUGCGUCGACCCGAUCGCCGUGGACGUCGAGCUGCUUCUCGCGGACGUCGAGGGCGAUGAGGCUUCCCUGAAGACCUCCAGCGCGAACAACGGAUCUGUCCUCGUCGACUGCCUCGCGGCGCCGCUGUCGUCGACGGUGAAGCGCCAGAUGCGCGAGGAGCUGUCGGCGCCCGAGUGCCGGGGGAUCGCGUGGGAGGGGAUCAACGAUGGGCCAAGCCGCCAGAAAGUGAAGAUCUCCACGAUCUUUGGCUACAAGCGCCCGCGC